AUGGAGCGCCCUGGCUAUGUUAUCGCACUCCUCCCCACUUCCUCCUCCUCCCCUUCCCAAUCCCAAACCCCCCACCUCCUCCUCUCCCCCAAUUCUCUCCCUUCCCUCCGCCCUCCACGUGCUCGACUCCCAUUGGCGUCCCGUGCCGGACUCACAGGGCUGCAGCGGUGUGGGCUGCAGCGGUGUGGCAAGAGCUGUCGGCUGCGGUGGGCCAACUACCUGCGGCCGGACCUGAAGCGAGGCACGUUCACGUGCGAGGAGGAGGACCUUAUUGUGGCGCUGCACAAGAGCAUGGGCAACAGGUGGGCGAAGAUAGCGCUGGAGCUGCCAGGGAGGACGGACAACGACAUAAAGAACCACUGGAACACGCGCAUCAAGAAGAAGCUCCGAGAGGAAGGGCUCGACCCCGACACGCACCUCCCCCUCUCCUCCCUCCCACCAGGUUCUUCUCCCCCCCUCCCCCAACCCCAGGCCCCUAGCACCACCCUCCCCACCCUUGCUUCUCUCCUCGAACCCCCACCCCCCCUACCAUUGCAUUCAAACUCGCACCCUCUCAUUCGCAUCCCCUGCUCUUUCAUUUCUGUUUCUCCCGUUCCUCUCGCCGUGGAGCCUCUCCCAUCCACUCCCCCCCCUCUCCCCUUCUCCCGUACUACCACUCGUCUUGUAGCCCUUCUUCCAUUCGCACGCCUCUCCAUCCGUUCUCUUCUCUGCCUAUUAUCCCCUCACCCCCCUUCGCUGCCCUCCUCUCCUUCCCUCCCCUCCUCCUUCCUCCCCCUCUUCCUCCCCCUCCCCAGAUCACGUCCAUCUACCUCUGCUUCCGCCUCUAUCUCUACCACCUCUGCCUCCUCCUCCCUCACUCUCCCCUCCUCUCUCCCACUCUCUCUCCCCACACACGCGCCCAGCCACCCUGCGGCCCUCCAUCUUCCAGCCUUUGCUGCCGCGUCUGCUGGUGGGAAUGUUUCAGGAGGCCAGUAUAGGUCGGAAGUGGAGCGGAUGGGUGUGGAGGAAGGGAGGGGAGGAGGAGGGGAGCAGUGUUUUCCCCAGAGGCAAAUGGUCAAGUGCGAAGGGUUGGGAGGGGAGGGGGCGGGAAGGGAGGGGGGGGGUGUGAUGGGAAAACGGGGGAGGGGAAUAAUGGGUGGAGAAGGAGAGAGUGGGGAGGGUGAAAUGGGGGAGGGGGGUGUGGGGGGGUGGGGAGAAGGAAGAGAUGAGGGAGGAGGAGGAGGAAGAGGAGAAGGGGGAGGAGGAGGAGGAAGAAGAGGGAGUGAGAAGGGGAAAGGAUCCGCCUCAAUGGAGAGCUUGGAGCAAGCAGCUAAGGGGCUUGAGAGCCUUCUGAGUGGCAAGACAGAGGGGGACCUGCAGGAGCUGCUGCAGCAGCUGCAACAGCUUCAGCAGCAACAGGAGGAGGAGCAGUCACACAAGGGAACACAGCAGCAGCAGCAGCAGCAGCAGCAGCAGCAGCAGCAGCAGCAGCAGCAGCAGCAGCAGCAGCAGCAGCAGCAGCAGCAGCAGCAGCAGCAGCAGCAGCAGCAGCAGCAGCAGCAGCAGCAGCAGCAGCAGCAGCAGCAGCAGCAGCAGCAGCAGCAGCAGCAGCAGCAGCAGCAGCAGCAGCAGCAGCAGCAGCAGCAGCAGCAACAGCAGCAGCAGCAACAGCAGCAACAGCAGCAACAGCAGCAACAGCAGCAGCAGCAACAGCAGCAACAGCAGCAGCAGCAGCAACAGCAGCAGCAGCAACAGCAGCAGCAGCAGCAGCAGCAGCAGCAGCAGCAGCAGCAGCAGCAGCAGCAGCAGCAGCAGCAGCAGCAGCAGCAGCAGCAACAGCAGCAACAGCAGCAGCAGCAACAGCAGCAACAGCAGCAGCAGCAGCAACAGCAGCAGCAGCAGCAGCAGCAGCAGCAGCAGCAGCAGCAGCAGCAGCAGCAGCAGCAGCAGCAGCAGCAGCAGCAGCAGCAGCAACAGCAGCAACAGCAGCAGCAGCAACAGCAGCAACAGCAGCAGCAGCAGCAACAGCAGCAGCAGCAACAGCAGCAACAGCAGCAGCAUCAACAGCAUCAGCAGCAAAAGCAGCACCUACAGUCGGACGCAUGUGCUGGGUCCCCCAGCAGUUCUGUGAAAAGGAAACCUCCGGGAAAUGACGUGGGCAGCACGAGCACUCACGGGCAGCAGUUGCAACGGCUCAAGUCCUCGUAUGGUGCCGUGGGUGAUGGUGGUGGUAACAGGGGCGCAUGGGCCAAGGUUGAGGAGCAGGGGGCGGCGGAGGGGCAGGGGGCAGUGACAAACGCUGCACUGGCACUACUGGGUGGGAAUGGCGUGUGGAGGAGUGAGAAGAGGGGUGGACAACGAGGCAGAGGGGGGGUGCAGGGGGUGAAGGGCGAGGAGGGGUUUCCAAGCGGGGGAAGGGCUGCAGGGGGUAACUCUAGAGCGAUACAGCUAGCAGCAGCAGCCAACGCAACAGCUGACGCAGCAGCAGGAGGAGAAGCAGAAGCAGGAGGGGCAGCAGCAGAGAGUGGUGGGGGGACAGCAGAGGUGUCUCCUACAAGUGUGAUCAGGCAGCUACUGCGCGCUGCUAGACAGUCCGGCCGUGCCGCCGCUGCCCCCACCGCCCCUCCCCUCGACCCCUCUGCUGCUCUCGCUGCCUCCCUCGCCAACCACCACCAAGCCACAGCCCCCGCUCUACCUCACCACUCGCACCACCCCCACCACCCGCACCACCCACACCACCCGCACCACCAGCACCAUCACCACCACCAGCAUCACCAGCACCUUCCCCACGCCUCCCCUUCCCCUCCUCAAGCAGCAGCAGCUGAGGCGGCGGCGGCGGCGGCAGCAGCGGUGGCAGCGUCGGCAGGGUGCUCUGGGGGAUCCCCAGCGCCCGGGUUGAUCUCCGGGUUGUCUCUGGAGCAUCUGCAGCGCGUGGCAUCGCUGCUUGCUGCCUCCAACCACCUUCCUCGAGCUCUGGGUGCAUGGGGCGUCGGGGCGUGGAGAAGCUCACCUCCCGUUUCUCCCAACACUCUUCCCUCUCCCAUCCCCACCACACGCUCCCAUUCCCCCUCUCACCCCACCAGUCCAUGGGGCAGCGAUGGCCAUCCAUGGGGCAGCGAUGGCCAGUUCUGGGACAUGGCUUCAGAAACUACGGAGAUGGAGGGGGUGGUGCUGCCAAGCCCGCACAUCAUCCCGCCCACGCCCUUCAGUGCCGCCUUCCCCAAGCCGCACAGCGCGGGCGCAGCCGUGCGGGAGCUCACGGCGUUUGACAAGCCCUUGGUGUCGCCUGCUGUGCCCUUCUUUCCGCGCACGCGCUCGUUUAUGAAGAUGGUGCGGAGUAUUGCGGAGGAGGAGGGGGCGGAAGGGCAGGAGGGGGUAGAGGGGACAGAGGGGCAAGGAGGGCAAGAGGGACAGGAGGGGCGUGAGCGGCAGGAGGGGCAGGAGGAGGAUGUGGAAGGGCGUGGUAGGAACAGUGGUGGUGUUGGCGAGGGUGCUGGUGUUGAUGGUGGCAGUGGAAGAGACGCUUCUGGUGGUGGUGCUGCUGCUGGUGAUGGUGGUGGUGGUGAUGGUGGUGGUGGUGGUGUUGGUGGUGGUGGUGUUGGUGGUGGUGGUGUUGGUGGUGGUGGUGGUGGUGGUGGUGGUGGUGAUGGUGGUGGUGGUGUUGGUGGUGGUGGUGUUGGUGGUGGUGGUGGUGGUGGUGGUGGUGAUGGUGGUGGUGGUGUUGGUGGUGGUGGUGUUGGUGGUGUUGGUGGUGGUGGUGUUGAUGGUGGUGUAGUGGCAGCCGCAGCAGCGGCAGCAGCAGCAGCAGCAGCAGCAAUGACUGGACCCGUGGAGCUUCUGCCAGCGGACCCGUCAACGAGUCUGGUGUCCCCGUUGCCGCUGAGCUACUCACGCUCCAAUGCCACGCCACGCACCAUCCCGCCACGCCCAUGGCUCUCCCUCGACAUCCAAGACACCGCUGAUGACGCUCGCUGA